AUGUUAUGCAGCUCAAUUCUUGCGUUUGAUAUUUUGCAGAUUAGGUGCAUGAUGACUGAACGAAAAGAAGAGACAAUCUUUACUGAUCCUGAAUUUGAGGAAUAUAAAAACACUUCUUUCAAGGAACUGAAAGAGGGACGUGUCAAUGUCAAGUUUUCAGAAAAGAUUCUCAAAUGUCCUUAUUGUCCUGAGAGUAGAGAAUACACUUACAUGGAGGACCUCUGUAGGCAUGCAUCUAGGAUUGCAAGAGAAUCAAGAAGCAGUGGUUUGAAAGAAAAAGCCAAGCAUAUGGGACUGGAGGAGUUUCUAGAAAGAGAAUUUGAUACUAAAAUCAAGGAUUUAGAAUCAACAAGUAAAAGUGACAUGUCAAGGCACACGAAUAGAGAAGAGCCAGUUGUUUGGCCAUGGAUGUGUGUGGUUGCUAACAUCCCUGUUCAGUAUAAAAAUGGUAGGUAUACAGGUGAUAGUGGAAAAAGACUAAAAGAUGAGUGGAUAAAUCAAGGUUACAACCCUAAAAAAGUUCAUCCUCUAUGGAGCUGGAAGGGUCACUCAGGAUUUGCUGUGGUUGAAUUUGGAAAAGAAUGGAGUGGAUUUGGUUAUGCAAUGAUGUUUGUGAAGGCUUUUGAGGUAAACAAACAUGGGAGGAAAGAUUGGUAUAAUGGGACAAGUCGCAAUGACACUAAUCUUUAUGCUUGGAUUGCAAGAGAUGAAGAUUAUAACUCCAAUGGUCUUGUUGGUGAUUAUCUGAGAAAACAUGGUGACCUAAAGACUGUUUCUGAAGUUGAAAAAGAAGAUGAAGUGAAGAAUUCUAAACUUCUCAUGGGAUUGAAAACAAUGUUGGAAGAAAAGAACAAAAGAAGUGAAGAGAUCCAGACUGAAAUAAGCAAGACAGAUUCCCAUAUGUAUUUUGUUAUGAAACAGAAAGAAGUGAUGAUUGAGAACUUCAAUGUGAUGAUUGAGAACUACAAUAGAGAACAUAAAACGAUGCAAGAGAAGGUGAAUGAGCAGCUUAAAAAGAUUUCCAUUGAGCAUGAAGAGAGCAAAUUGCAGCUUGAAGAACAUGAAAAGGAACUGAGAGCACGUGAAGCUCUAAACGAAAGUGAGCAAAAGAAGCUUGACAAUGAGAAGAAAAUGAAUGAAUUGGCAAUUUUGGAACAGAAGAAAGCAGACGAGAGGAUGUUGAAAUUGGCUGAUGAUCAGAAGAGAGAGAAAGAGAAACUUCACUACAAGAUUAUUGAUCUUCAAAAGAAGCUUGAUGAUAAGCAACGAUUGGAGCUAGAGAUCAAACAGAUGGAAGGAGCCAUGGAAGUAAUGAAGCACAUGACUCAUGAAGAUGUUGAAGCAAAGAAGAAAUUUGAGUCGAUUAAAGAAGAUCUGAAAGAAAAAGAAGAGGAAUAUGAGGGUUUGGAAGAGCUUAAUCAAGCAUUGAUAAUCAAAGAAAGAUUAAGCAAUGAUGAAUUACAGGAUGCUCGCAAAGAGUUGAUUUCUGGUAUGAAUGAAAUAUCUGCUUCUGGUCGUGCCUAUAUUGGUAUAAAAAGAAUGGGUGAGCUUGAUGCAAAACCAUUCAUCAUUGCUGCUAAGAAGCGUUUAAGUGAAAAGGAAGCAGAGGAUGCAGUGAAGUUUGUAUCAAUGUGGGAGGAUCAUCUCAGGGAUCCAAACUGGCAUCCAUUCAAGGUCAUCACCAUUGGAGACGAAUGCAAGGAAAUAGUGAAUGAAAAAGAUGAGAAGAUUUCAAUGUUAAAAAGUGAAUGCGAUGAGGAUGUAUACAAUGAUGUAGUGACAGCUCUAAAAGAGCUGAAUGAAUACAAUCCAAGUGGAAGAUAUCCAUUACCAGAGCUUUGGAACAAAAAGGACAACAGAAAGGCAACACUGAAAGAGGGAGUGGAAUUUCUGCUCAAACAAUGGAAAAUCCACAAACAGAAGAAACGAGGUUGA